AUGGCUCCUGUUCGCUUGUUUCCUAUCUUACUUGCAAGUCUUUUUGGUGCAUCCAUUGCUCUUCAAGAUGAUCAAAGGCUGCCUGAAUCUUGGUGCAUAACAUAUCUAUCAACUUAUCUGGCCCCAGUAUCACAUGGUCACACUCGACCAACGACUUCCUCUGCUGGCGAAGCCUUCUCCACAGAGACCCCUGAAGCAACUUUGACCUUCUCUACACAUCAAGCUAUCUCCUCAAAUUUCCCUGUUCGUGAUGAUCUAGUUAUUACAACUUCGGUUCCAUUCAACAUUAAAACCUCAGCCCCAAGUCCAACUACUGAUCUUUCAGUCCCCGAUAUCAAUGGUCGAUCAGUGAUAUUCCGUAUCGUUCCGGAAUCACAAGAUGCCAAACGAGAUCUUCAGGUCAGGGAAGUAGGGGGAUUCGUUGGCCGUCUGCUCGAUAGUACCUGGCCCAUAUACUACAAUGGCGAGAGUUUCGAGGAGCUACGUGGCCAGCCGGGAGCGUUACCUCGAGACGCCGUUACUGAAUUCUUUGCUGAUGACAAUGGAUUUCUUCGCUUUUUCAGCUCGGCCCUACCAACUGGCGAGGCGAGCUUCUGUCAAGAAGCUGAGAGCGGCCAAGCCUAUAUCACUUUCUCUGCAUCGCCCCCAGGUUGUCAAGCUAUAAGACUUUCUAUUACUGGAGACGGCGAUAUAUCCUCAAGCCCUUCUUCUCGACCUGCCAGCAUACCUCAGCUAGCAGAAUCUACAUCAGCAUUGCUCGGAACGACAUCUUCCCCCAAUGCAGUAGCCUCUAUGACCAUACAAGAUAUUCAGAAGGCCUCUUCCACUAUAGAUGUCCCAACAUUCACUCCGCCUUCCCAAGGCACUUCUCAGGUCAGACCUGUAUAUACGAGCUCUGUUCGAUAUUAUAAUAGCUCUUCAUCUAUCAUAUUCCCAACACGUCCCGUUCUUACACAAACACCUUCUAUGAACCUAUCCACAGGCGCACUAUCCACGGGUAUCCUGGGAUCAUCUAGAGAACCACUUUCUAUCUUUGAGCCCAGUACGACUGCCACACCAAUUACCACGAAUGAUGAAGAUACAAUUGACACUAGCUCUGGUACUGACCCCACGGCCAGCUCAGUUGUUGACUCUUCUGCCACGUCUGGGCCGUCAUACAGUUUCGAGACUGAUACUAGCACACUAUCCGAUCUAUCACCGGAUGCUAGUUCAUCUCUCGACUCGAGCCUAACCGGCGUGUCAACGGCUGAUACCAGAUUUUUCACUACGACGACUGUCGAUACCGCUACUUCAGAUACUUCUACCACUACAAGCUCUGAAGCGACGGUCACACGCGCGUGUCCAGAGGGAUUUUCUGAACCACUGACAUUAUUCGACGGCCAGCGGCCAUCUGAUAACGGUGUCGAGUGGCUCGUGCUCCCUUUUUUGAUAACGAUCUUCGGUCAGGCCAGCGAUAUGCUCUAUAUCAGUCCCAACGGGCUUGUUACGCUGAGAGACUCCCUCGGAGCCGAUUCAUUUUCCAAUGCAGCCUUACCUGCUACAAAUGUUGAGCCACUAGCUAUAUUUCCUUACUGGGACGACAUGAUAGUUCCCGUAGGUUCAGGGGCUGAGGUUACCUACCGGAUUAAGGAUAUUCCCAACCAGCCAAAGACGUUGGUCAUAGAUUGGUGUGUUUUCUCUACAUCAGGUGGAACUGAGCCAAAUAACUUUCAAAUGCUGGUCUCAAAGGAUGUGCUGACUCCAGUCCGCUUCUACUACUAUACUACCCAGCUCAAGGGGGAAUCUGCUACUAUUGGUGUCCAAAGCCGCGAUAGGGAUGAUUUUCUGCAGUAUUCUUUUAACCAAGCAGGGUCUGUCCCAGAUAGAACGUUCCUAUCAUUGCGCACGUUCGAUGACGGGGGAGAAAUAAGUGUUGGUCAGUUCUGAGGCCCCGUUCUCCUUACUGGGGGCUUGUCACUUUCCGGCUUCUUCACUUGAUCAUUUCCUUAUUGUUUGUUAUACUUGUUUCCUCCCCUUCGAACUUUGGAAUGGUUAGGCUUUCAGGGCUAUGCGAAGCUUGGAUUAAUGGAUUGAUUACAUGGGUCUCUCUUCGUAUUGUAUAAAUAUGUUGACAGACGAGAAUUUCAGAGACCGGGGCAAUAGGAUAUAGCUAAACUUCCCCUGAGAAACUUGACUUGGUAUUGGCUACACUACAAUAUCC